AUGGUAUGUCCUGGUGUGUAUGUAUGUGUUUAUACACGCAGAAACACGACUGAGAACUUGACUGUCGUUUAUAAUGCUGAGGAUUUUAAAACCAGUGAGGAAUUUAUACACAACACAGAUCAGAAUGUCGUCCGAUCAGCUUGGCGAGCUUGGUAAAGGUGCAGGGAAAGGAGGAGGAGGAGGAGGCUCGGUCAGGGAGGCCGGAGGGGCGUUUGGAAAGAGGCAGGUAGCCGAGGAGGAGAUGUACUUCAAAAAGAAACAGCAGGAACAGCUGGCCGCUCUGAGACAGCAUCAUAAGGAGGAGAUUGAACACCACCAGAAAGAAGUUGAGCGUCUGCAGCAGGAGAUCAGCCGUCAUGAGGGCAAAAUCCGUCAACUUACCAAGCACGACUGAGUCUUGAAGAUCUUUCCAGCUUGGAGAUACUUUUUUGAACUUGAUGGCAUUUACAAAGUUUGAAUAGUAGAUGGUGUUUAAACUUAAUAAAACAUGAACAUACAGUA